UGAGCCUCCCAGAACUUUUUCCUUCCAGCAAGAAAACUUCCAAACCAGAAUUUCCUGCUGAAAUUUCUGAACCAAUCCCCUGUGUGUGAUCCCUAAAUUACCCUACCGACUAUACACUCUUGGGGCAGGGGCUUCCUCAUGUGUCCAUAUAAAGCCUUACUAAAGGGAUCCGCAUUCAAACUAGACAUGCCAUUUUCUAAGAACAUUGUAAAACAUGAAAAAUUCGCCUUUUCUCUCUGAAACAGACGCCUGGUUGUGCUUCUAGCAAAGCGAGGGGCAGCUCUGGCACGGACUUCGCAGGUGUCACGGUCCAGCAAGCGACAACGAAGAGUCACGGGCAGCCAUUGGGAGGCAAGUCUGCCCCAGUUUGAUUGCUGCACUGGAACUUUGAUUGUGGUCCCCUCUAAAUUGCAACACUGAAAACAAUGGCAACAGAAUAUAUAAAAACAUGCUGCAAAUGGUGUUUCUGCAUGGAAAAGGAAAAAAAUGACCCAGUUUCCAUGGUGCAGGACUCUGAAGCAGGAGCUGCAAGCAAGCCAACUAUUGUAGAGAAGCCUCCAUUGUCUUCUGUGUCAGUGAAGCGUCAAGUUGGCUGUUCAGAGGAUUAUUUGCUUUCUAAACUGCCCCUGGAUGGUCAGGAGGUACCUUUUGUGGUCCCUCCAUUCAGACUGUCUUAUGUACAGCCGAAGAACCUUCCUAGCGUUUCACAUGCUGGAGGGAUUAAAGAGUCCGCCAGGGCCUCAUUUGGUGAGCGGAAGGCAGAGCUGCACGGCGUGUACCAGUGGCCCCGCUACGACGUGUACAACCCCUUCUAUUUGGAGCACCGGGUUUCGCCAGAUCUGAUUAGGCGCUUCCAAGCAAAAUCAGAUAACAGGAAAUUAUAUGGAUCAGUUAGUGAUUUAAGAUCUAGUACUUUGCCUGGAUCACUUGAUGUGAGUCGUUCAAUGUUUGAUCUCAGAAGCCCACCUCAUCGAUCCAUGAAGAGAUAUGAUUCAGUCUCCAGUGUACCCAGCAGUACUUCUUCCAGGAAGGAUUCACAAGGCAGUAACAGGAGUCUGGAUACUAUUACAUUAUCAGGAGAUGAACGAGACUUUGGAAGACUGAAUGUGAAGUUGUGUUAUGUUUCUUCUGUGGAACAGAUUUGGAUCACAGUUUUACAUUGCAAAGACCUGUGCUGGCCUUCUAGCUGCGGGGAAAAUCCUCGUAUCUGUGUCAAGGGAAUUCUCACACUGCCCAAACCAGUGCAUUUCAAAUCUUCUGCCAAGGAGGGCUCAAGUGACAUUGAAUUUAUGGAAACUUUUGUAUUUGCUAUUAAACUGCAAAGCCUGCAGGCUGUCAGAUUGGUAUUUAAAAUCCAGACACAGACUCCCAGGAAAAAAACAAUUGGCGAAUGUUCCUUGGCACUGCAGGAGCUGAGCUCGCAGGAAUCAAAUCAUUGGCUGGAAGUCUCUCCUCCUUCCAAAGCACCUGUGCGCCGUGCAGAACUUCAAAUAGGAACUUGUUUUCAAGCAAUAAACAGGAGGAUACAGUUACAGAUUCUUGAAGCCCAAAACCUUCCUGUUUCAUCUACGCCACUGUCUUCAAAUUUCUUCGUGAAAGUUGGAAUGUUUAGUACAGAAGGGAUGAUCUAUAAGAAGAAGACUCGUCUGCUAAAGUCCACUAAUGGCCAAGUGAAGUGGGGAGAAAUGAUGGUUUUUCCAGUUAGCCAAGCAGAACAAGGAAUUAGCUUUCUCAUCAAGCUCUACAGCAGAAGCUCAGUGAGAAGAAAACACUUCCUAGGACAGGUCUGGUUAAGUCCUGAUAGCAAUAACAGUGAAGCAGUAGAGCAGUGGAAAGAUACCAUUGCCAACCCUGAAAAAGUUGUUGUUAAAUGGUACAGCAUUGGUCCAUCUUGAAGACUGGAGAUAAAAUUCAGAACUGAUUUUUCUACAACAAUUCCUAUGCUGUCUAAAAUGGUAUAAAUAAAAA